AUGGUAUCUGAUUUCGGAAACGAAUUAUUUAACUGUAAGUCCUGUACGAACGUCGACAAUGGCGAAAUGGUACAAUGUGAUACCUGCAAUGACUGGCACCAUUUCAGUUGCGUAGGUGUGACCGCCGACAUAGAAGAUAAAGAGUGGAAUUGUGCAAAAUGCAAGCCACCGAACCCAGAAAAUACCUCGAACGACGAACCUCCCUUAGAGCCACCGAACCCAGAAAAUACCUCGAACGACGAACCUCCCUUAGAGCCUCUCCACGAUUCGAACGACAAACCUCCCUUAGGGCCUCUCCACGAUCAUAACACCCCUGCCUUUGGUGCUAAUGAUCAAGGAAAUACGGCUAGCUCUUCUAAACCUUCAACACAAGUACGUAAAUCUUCACUUUUAAAAGAACGCGCUCUUAUCCUUGAACAACUAGAAGAGGAAAGACGUAUGAAAGAGCAAAGGGACAAGGAGUACAUAGACAAAAAAUAUGCAAUGCUUCGACAGCUAGAACUUGAAACUUCCGACAGUGAUGCUGGUGAGAACCAAUUAGACGAUCAGCAUGAGAAAGCUCCUAUUACCAUUCGCGUUCGUGGUUCGACUCCAGUAUCACGUAAUGCUGAAGGCUACUCAUCAAUGAAAAAGCCUAGCAACCAAUCCACUCGAAAACCGAUCAAAGAGGUUACCCACGACAACAACAACUCGACUCUUUCCACUCAGACUGCUUCACAUAGUAAAGCCACAUUCGGUAGAGCGUCAUCCGCCCCGCAAACUAUAUUCGCGCCUGCCCAUGCAUAUAGUAGCCCAACGCACACAACGAACCCCUAUCAGUCUUGUGGCCUUUCAAUGCAUUCGUCUAAUCUUUGCAAGCAGCCAGUACUCAACGCUUCCUCCUGCUCAAACAACAUUGCCACGCAGGCUGUCAACACAUCAGUCUCAUUUAAUAAUGCAUCUUCUCCUAAUGCACCGGCAUCUAACUAUUUUAUGCCUGCAGUAUCUGCUGAAGACUUUAUUCCUAGCAAGGCGCAAAUGGCAGCGCGACAAGUGAUAGUCAAGGAACAAGUCACCUUUAGUGGUCACCCAGAAGACUGGCCACUAUUUAUCAGUUGGUACACCAGUACAACACUUUCGUGUGGCUAUACAAAUUCGGACAAUCUUCGUCGGCUGCAAAGUUGCUUAAAGGGUGAAGCACUGGAGAACGUUAAGUAUAGACUUUUCAUUCCUGACCAAGUCCCUGGUGUUAUCAACACACUUACUCGACUCUAUGGGCGCUCCGAAGUCAUCAUUGACAACCUAAUCGACAAAAUGCGUAACGAGCCGCCACCACGCGAAGACAAAUUACAAUCUAUUAUAAAAUUCUCUUUAACAAUUGAGAAUAUAUGUGGAGUUAUGAUGGCAACCGGCCUACACAAACAUUUAGCUGAUCCAAGUCUACUAAGAGAACUGGUGGAUAAACUACCCCCGAAUCUUCGAUUGGAUUGGGGGCACUUCUCUAGGAGUGUGAACGAUGUAGACCUAUCGGUUUACAAUUCCUGGCUAGCCGACAAAGCAUACUCCGCUUCUAUGGUCACUCCACUUAACUCUAAAAUAUCAAGCAGAACAGGAAGGAACUCUGCAAGAGCGGCAUUGAACGUACAUCAAAGCACGCCUAGCUCAAUGGAACGAAAAUGCCCCGUGUGUCAGCAGAAAUGUAGAACGGUGGAGCUAUGUGAAGAAUUCGCAAAAAUGAGCCUUAGAGACAAAUGGGAUAUUAUAAAAAGAUUUACGAUCUGCAGAACAUGUCUCCGCACUCAUGGACGAAAUAGAUGUUAUUUGGAGAAAGCGUGUGGUUUAAACGGCUGCACCUACAAGCAUCACAAAAUGCUGCAUAACGCUGCGAAUGAUCGUCAAGCCGAGACUGCAUCAAAUCAACAAAUGAACUGCUUUCAAACAAGCAAUAAAACAAGCGUUUUAUUCAAAAUAAUUCCGGUCGUGUUACAUAAUAAAGAUAAAAAAAUAGAUACCUUCGCAUUUCUCGACGAUGGUUCAUCAAUAUCGCUCAUAGAUGAAAGUCUUGCUUCUGAACUGAAGGUUGAAGGAGAUCUACAGCCACUUUGCUUGAAGUGGACUUCGAAUACGCAUCGUACAGAAGACUCAUCCCGGAAAGUAAGAGUCGAAAUUUCGGCCCCCACUAUCGAGAAAAGGCAUUCAAUACAUCUUCGUACCGUCAAUCAUCUUGAUCUUCCAGAACAAUCGAUCAAUAUAGCGGAACUAUCGAAAGAAUAUCCAUAUCUUAACGGGCUUCCGGUGAACACAUAUUCCGAAGCAAAACCUCGUCUACUCAUUGGACUUGACCAAUGGAAGCUGUGCGUACCACUGCGCUCCAAAGAAGGAAGAGAAGGCCAGCCCAUAGCAUCAAAGACCCGCCUGGGUUGGAUUAUAUACGGUCCAUUAACACGAAAGUCUAAACCUGUUGAUCAACGACAAAGCUUCUCUAACUUUCACAUGUGUGAAUGCCAGAUAUCUGAGGAUAAGAACUUGAACGCAUUGUUUAAGGAAUUCAUUGCGCUAGAUGCGAUAGGACCCAACUCCCCUAAGGCUAUACGUUCAUGCGACGAUGAAAAGGCACUUGCAAUUUUGGAAAACAGUUUAUCGAGAAAAGGAAAACGCUUCGUUGUUCCGCUUCUAUGGAAGUUUGCCAACAAAGAGAUGCCCGAUAGCCGGUUGAUGGCCGAGCGCCGACUGAUAUGUCUCGAAAAGAAAAUGUUGAAAGACAUGGAGCUUUCAAAGAAGCUUGAUUUCCAAAUCGAAGACUAUGUGAAAAAACAGUACGCCAGAAAACUAACGAUAGCCGAGCUACAAGCACAUGUUUCCCCAGUAUGGUACCUUCCAGUCUUCCCAGUCAUUAAUCCCAAUAAACCUGGGAAAGUAAGAAUGGUGUGGGAUGCUGCUGCACGUGUGGGCAAUAUUUCACUGAAUUCAAUGCUCUUUUCCGGUCCAGACAUCGUCCCUUCUCUCUUCUCUGUACUUUUUCGCUUCAGAGAGCGUAAAAUUGCUAUAUGCGCUGAUAUUCAAGAGAUGUUCCAUCAGGUAUGGAUAAAAGCAACCGACCAACACGCGCAACGUUUCUUGUGGCGAAACAAGCUUACGAUGGAAAUUGAAGAGUACGCUAUGCAAGUUAUGACUUUCGGCUCAACAUGCUCGCCUUUCUGUGCACAAUUCGUCAAGAACACUAACGCAAACAACUUCAAAUCAAAAUAUCCACGAGCCUCACAGGCUAUUAUCGAAAGACACUACGUCGACGACUACUUAGACAGUGUGGACUCCGAAGAAGAAGCGGUGCAGCUGGUCAAAGACGUCAUCUUUGUACACAGCGAAGCUGGGUUUAACAUACGAAAUUUUAUGUCAAACUCGUCACAAGUCAUUGAGACCGUCAAAGAAAGGGCAGCCACAUAUAGCAAAGCAGAAAGCGGCCGACGAAUUAUUCUGGGUCCCGAAAAGGUACUCGGCAUGUGGUGGUCUCCGUGCUCCGACUCAUUCUCGUUUGCACUGAGUACUCCUUACUUAAAAUCUAACUCUUUAAGUGAAAAUAUCUGGCCUAAUAAAAGAGAGAUGCUAAGAAUUCUUAUGUCAGUGUUCGACCCACUGGGACUGAUUGCGAACUUUAUGAUAUUGCUAAAAAUCCUCCUACAAGAAGUCUGGAGCUCGGCAGUUGAAUGGGAUGAAAAAAUAAAACCCCAACAUUACGAGAAGUGGUGUGCUUGGAAAAAUCGUAUACCAUCAAUCAAAGAAAUUGUUAUUGGGAGGCCAUAUCUUGCAAAAAUAUCUUUUAAAGAAAGCUAUUCCUUGCAAUUACACAUAUUUGUUGAUGCAAGUGAGAUGGCAUAUUCAGCCGUGGGAUACUUCCGAGUCACUAACAACGAAGCUAUAGAGUGCACUUUAGUCGGCGCCAAAACCAAAGUUGCACCAUUGAAGAUGAUAUCCAUACCUCGACUUGAGUUGGAGGCAGCUGUUCUGGGAACAAAACUAGCACGAAUGAUAACAGAAGGGCACUCAGUCGAGAUAACAGAAAAGUACUUUUGGUCGGACUCUCGAACUGUUCUGAGUUGGAUUAACUCGGACCAUCGUAAGUACAAACAGUUCGUGGCCUUUAGAGUCGGAGGAAUCCUCGAAGAAACGAAAGCAAGAAACUGGAGAUGGUUAUCUAGCAAAGAAAACGUGGCCGACGAAGCCACGAAGUGGAAUUUGAAAAACGAAUUCCAUUCAAACAGUCGUUGGUACCAGGGUCCACGAUUCCUAUACGAGCCAAAGGAACAGUGGCCAGGAGAAGCCAUAAAACCAGAAGAGACAGCAGAAGAGAUGAGGCACUUUAAUCUACAUCAUAUCGAAAAAACUGACUUCGCCAUUGAUUUGACGAGAUUCAGUACCUGGAAUAAACUAAUGAGAACCAUGGCACAAGCAACCCGAUUCAUUCGACAAAGAAUGCUUAAGACGGAAAAGGUCAGCACAAUGAUACGAUCAACACACAUGGAAGACGCAGAAAAUUAUCUUAUAAGGAUGUGCCAAAGCGAUAAGUUUUCCGAAGAAAUUGCGAUUUUAAAGAGAGUUAAGACGGAAGAACGAACCCUAUGCAAAUCGAGCCCACUUUACAAGCUAAGUCCAUAUCUAGAUGACAAUGGAUUGCUGCGAAUUAAAGGGCGAAUAGACACUGUGCCGGGAGUCCCACUGUGUACAAAACGCCCAAUAAUCCUACCAAGGCAACAUAUUGUAACUUACCUUAUCGUUGGUGACUAUCAUCAACGAUUCUGUCACAAAAACAACGAAACAGUAGUUAACGAAGUUAGGCAAAAGUUCUAUAUACCAAAACUUCGGAUCGUCCUAAAAAGUGUAGUGAAGGAAUGCCAGCAUUGCAAAAACAAUCGAUGUAAUCCCGAGCCACCGCUGAUGGGCGACCUUCCAUCUGCUAGACUCCAACCCUUCACAAGACCAUUUUCCUUUGUAGGAAUAGAUUAUUUCGGCCCUCUUUUCGUCAAAGUUGGGAGACAUUCUGAAAAACGAUGGGGAGUUCUAAUAACCUGCCUUACUAUACGAGCAGUGCACAUCGAAGUCGCCUUUAGCUUGUCUGCAGAUUCUUGCAUAAUGGCUAUCAAACGUUUCAUUUCAAGAAGAGGAUGGCCGUUGGAAAUGUUCAGUGACAAUGGUACAAAUUUCCGAGGUGCCAGUGUGGAGCUAAAAGAAGCAGUAAAUAAGAUAGAAGUUGAUAAAUUAGCUUCCGAAUUCGUUAGGCCCAAUCUAAAAUGGAACUUCAAUCCUCCUCUAGCACCACAUAUGGGGGGAAGUUGGGAAAGGUUAGUCCGCUCGGUAAAAGUCACCUUAGGCCAUAUAACACCAACCAGAAACCCUACAGAUGAGCUUUUAGGUACAAUGAUGACUGAGGUAGAGAGAAUAAUAAAUACACGACCCCUUACUUAUGUUCCUUUAGGUUGUGACGAGGAUGAAGCGCUAACUCCAAACCACUUCCUGUUGGGGAGUUCAAAUGGUGACAAACUUGCUGGAGAGGUCGAGGACGAUGUAACCCUAUUAAGAAAAAACUGGCUAUCAAGUGAACAGUUCGCUAACAGAUUUUGGCGUCGUUGGGUAAAUGAAUAUCUGCCCGAUCUCACUCGAAGAACAAAAUGGUUCUCUACAUCAAAACCAAUCAACGUAGGAGACAUUGUAAUAAUCGCCGACUCAACGCUUCCAAGAAACACUUGGCCAAAGGGACUGAUUCUCCAAACUAACGUUGGAAAAGAUGGCAUAGCACGCAGUGCCGUUGUUAAAACUCAACAUGGUAUCUAUACCAGACCCACGUCCAAGCUAGCCGUUUUAGAUGUUGGCAGAUUUGGCGAAGAUGGAAAGCUUGUCCCAGGAACCAGCUUACCAGGGGGGAGUGUUGCCAAACCUGGCAGCACUAAUUUCGAUUGA